UCAACGUCCAGGAUCGCACCUACGACCGUGAGUUCCAAACCGUUCACGGCCCUCCCACCACCUACGGCGACUCUCAGAUCGACCUCACCGAGAGGGAGUAUCGUCAACGCAACUCGGUCCCCAUCGCCGAAGACUUCACCCAGGCGUCCCGUUACGCCGCCGGCUCCUUUGACCAGCAACCCCGUUACGGUCAGCGUGCCGAGUCGUUCGACGGCCGGUACUCGCAGGCCCACUCGGAUCGAGUAGACGCUACCGCUACUCGUUCCACCGUCGACCCACCCAAGCACAAACGUGACAUGGGAUAUUACGACGACGAAGGCCACUAUCAUAGCUUCCGUCACGGUCUCCACAAAGCCGCCGAUCGCAUCUUGCACCCCAUCCACGGCCACAGCCACUCCGCCCACCACCACCAGGAGCACGAGCCUCACCCUGACCGCGAGGAAGUCUUCGUCAAGGAAACUUACACUGCUCCCUCGCCCGCCCCAGUCUCUGCUCCUGCCCCCGCUCCCUCCAGCUACUACCCCGAACCUCGCUCAUCCCGUCGCUACUCAGAGCCUAGCGCCAUGUCUUCUCCCAACUCCAUUACCAUUCCCUGCCAUCACGUCCGCAUUGGCGAUCUCCUGAUCCUUCAGGGCCGCCCUUGCCAGGUGAUUCGCAUCACGACUUCCUCCCAGACUGGUCAGCACCGCUACUUGGGUGUCGACCUCUUCACCAAGCAGCUUCAUGAGGAGUCUAGCUUCAUCUCCAACCCGGCCCCGUCGGUCGUCGUCCAGAACAUGCUGGGCCCCGUCUUCAAGCAGUACCGCGUGCUCGACAUCCGUGAGGAUGGCCGCAUCGUCGCCAUGACCGAGACGGGUGACGUCAAGCAGGGCCUGCCUGUUCUCGACCAGUCCAGCCUGUCCAAGCGCCUUGCUGACGCCUUCGACAACGGCCGUGGCUCCAUCCGUGUCCUCAUUGUCAACGACGCUGGCAACGAGAUGGUCGUCGACUACAAGGUCAUCCACGGCUCCAGGUUGUAGAUGCAGCUUAACGCACAUCACUUUCCUUUGGUUAUGACAACCCCUCACGACAUCUUGGCUUCUUCGGGACCGAGACAUCAACGUGUUCAUAAAAUUUUUCAUUUUUCCACUGCAUCUGCCAAGCGACUGGCUGACAACGUCACGUGCUGAUAACCACGCCGGUCUCUUGGCUAGUUGACUUCACACCUUCCUUUUUCUACCCCCUUCUGACGAUUUAUGCUUGCU